GAAAGUGGAAGAAUCAGAGUGCAGAGUGCUCCAAGCGAGGAAAAGUAAUGACUUAAAGCAAUUUACCUGCUGAAAGUGAGAAGACAUUGUCAGCGUACGCAGUCUGAGGCAAAGCAAAGCAGAAGAAAAGCAGCAGGCCAAACGCAAAGUCUUCUCCCGAGACCCGCGCCAGCAUCUCGAGUUUAGGGACAACACAGAGUUUUCGCCGCCGUAAAGGAGGCGCAGGAGGCACAUCCCGCUGUCACGGGCAGAGUCGCAGAGGAGCCCCGGCAUCGCUUGGUGGAGGACCCAGACUAGUGCUGUGCUACCUCUAUUAAUUCAAAAUUCUUCUGACUGUAGAAGUGUGAAGAAGAAGGUUAUGUGUUGCUUUUGUCUGUGUAUACAUCCAAGUGUGGUGACAGGUGACAGACUUCUAAGCUUCCAGAGUUGUUGAAAAGAGUGUGACUGGAUGUUUUACUUCACAACAUACUGAGAUCAGAUGGUUCUGAAAAGAUUUAUGGCAUUCACCAUGAUGGCUCUGUGCUGGAAGCUGCUCAUCUGCUUUCUCUUCUACCAAGUGGUCUCAGGAAGAGUGAGGAGGGAGGGGCACUACGUGGCAGCCGUGUAUGAGCACGAAUCCAUCCUGAGCCCAAACCCGGCGGCACCGGUGGAGCGUCGCGCCGCGCUGGAGCUCAUGGGCAGGAACCUCGACAUCUAUGAGCAGCAAGUGCUGGCUGCUGCCAGGCAGGGGGCACAGAUCAUUGUUUUUCCUGAAGAUGGAAUCCAUGGCUUCAACUUCACCAGAAGCUCCAUUUACCCUUACUUGGAUUUCGUUCCACAUUCACACUCUGGGAAGUGGAAUCCCUGCAGAGAGUCCCAUUUGUACAAUGACACAGAGGUCGUACAGCGCCUGAGCUGCAUGGCUCUGAAGAACAAAAUAUUCCUCGUGGCCAACUUGGGGAGCAAGCAGCCGUGCGAGCGCUCGGAGCCUCGGUGCCCGUCGGACGGGCGGUUCCAGUUCAACACCAACGUGGCGUUCGGUGCAGACGGCGCGCUGCUGGCCACGUACCGCAAACACAACCUGUACUUCGAGUAUGCCUUCGACACCCCUGCAGAGCCAGACUAUGCGUUCUUUGACACCCCUUUUGCUGGCAAGUUUGGCAUGUUCACUUGCUUUGAUAUACUCUUUUUUGAGCCUGCAGUGAGCCUCAUCACACAAUACAAUUUGAAGCAAAUUGUUUAUCCAACUGCCUGGAUGAACCAGCUCCCUCUUUUGUCUGCUGUAGAGUUCCAACAAGCUUUUUCAACAGCUUUCAAUGUCAAUAUUUUAGCAGCCAACAUCCACCACCCUACCUUGGGCAUGACAGGGAGUGGCAUAUACACUCCAGUCAAAUCGUUCAUCUAUCACAACAUGGAAAGUUAUGGUGGCAAGCUCAUAGUAGCAGAAAUUCCUGUGAUUGCUGCAGAUUAUAAAACCAAUUUAGAGAGUAAUGAAAGAUUUAGAGUGAACUUACAUGACUCAUGCAGGACUUCUACGAGCACCUCACUGGAUGAUGAAGUUUGCUUUAAGGAGCAAGAGACUCCUGGCAGAGUAUCUGAAAAAGAAAAAGGAAAGGAACAGUCACCUCCUUUCUUUUAUGCAGAAAUGAUGUAUGACAACUUCACUUUUGUCCCGUUAUGGGGGGAAAAAGGGGAGCUCCAGGUUUGUGCCAAUAGCCUUUGUUGUUACUUAAACUAUCAGAGAGCUGUUCUAACUGAUGAAUUAUAUGCUUUGGGAGUUUUUGAUGGGCUCCACACAGUGCAUGGCACAUACUAUGUCCAGGCCUGUGCCUUGGUGAAGUGUGGUGGUCUCAGCUUUAGCACUUGUGGACAGGAGGUCACGGAUGCCACUGCUCUGAUAGAUUUCCAGCUAUGGGCAAAUAUGAGCACCCCUUACAUCUUUCCUUUGCUGCUGACAUCUGGCAUUACCUUGGACUUUGCUGAUCACAUGGGCUGGAAAAACAACCACUAUUUCCUCAGCAAAAAUAGAACAUCUGCUGGCCUCCUGACAGCUGCUCUCUAUGGACGAUGGUAUGAAAAGGACUAGCACAGAUACUUGACUGCCCAUACGUUCAGAGUCUGUAUCUUAACAGAAGUUGUUAAAUACGCAUAUUUGCUAGAGGUUCAGGUGUGUUUGUCCCAUCACUGCUUGAUCAGGUCCCACAUUUGAAAUAAUGGCUGUACAGUCUGUACCCUGGUAGCUUAUGUCCUACCAGGAGUGAAAGAACUGCCUUGCCAAGGUAAAGGCUUGCUGUGAUCUGGUGAGAUGAUUUAUACCAGAAAAUAACAUUCUCAUUUCAAUUGAAUUUGUUCCUUUUAAUUUAAUCCUUUGGUUUUUGGGGGUCCUGGCUGGGAAUAUGGAAAUUAAUAGAAUGGAAAACUAUUGCAAGUAAAAAAACCAGCAACAACAACAAAAAAAGGCAAAAAAACCAAAAACAAAAAACCAAACCAAACAAAAAAAAAAAAACAGGGGAAAAAAACCCCAAAACAAACAAAACAAAACAAACAAACAAAAAAAAAACCACCCAAAAACAAACAAAAAACCCCAAACAAAAGAAAGGGAAGGAAGACACAAAUAUUGUGCAUAACAUGGACAAGAUCAUGUAGGUAUAGACACAUGUAGCUUUUAUGUGCUGAGGUUUUGAUCUCUGGUUAGGGUGCCAUGAUUGUUUUUUUUCUUAAGAGUCAAAAACUUCCAGCUGAAAUUAUUACCAUGGACUGGCCACUCAGCUAUCUGUAAUCCUGUUACACAUUUAACUAAAUGUUACAGUUGUAAACAUUUACAGAAUAGCUAACCUGGGGAACAGGAUAUCAGUGACUGUGAAAACCUAGACUGCAGCAAGACACAAUUCACAAGAAAUUAUGUUCAAAGAAAAUAACAACAUUGAAUACAGUGGCCAUGUUAUGUACUGUUUGAGUAUUUUAACUUCCCUCUUUAAAAGAACAGUCUUUUAAGACUGUUUUGACUUUAAGGCAUCUUACACGCUGUUCAUGAAUUUAUUCAAAAGGAGUUAUGAAAAGCAUAUAAUAAGCGGUGGGACAGCAAGGAUUUUGCAUCAAUGCUUCAUGUGCCAGAUGGCAGGUUUGUGCUGCUGAGUAAAACACACCAUUUUAUUUCCAGAGCAAUAACUAGAUUAAGUGCUGUUCUACUGCAGUGAAGAAGCUGGGAAGAGAAUAUUCAAAGGUUAUUAAUUUGGGGUUACAUUCAGACAAGUUAAUGUAUUCUCGAGCAUUAUAAUUUUAUGGGGUCUUAUUGGCUGUUAUGACUUCAUCUGGGUAAUGGCUGUUGAGUAAUGGAAUAAACACAAUUGUUCCUUUGGUGA